AUGUUUUCUCUUUCCGUCUUUACCUGUACUCUGUCUCUCCCUCUCUCUGGAUCAUCUCUCACUCACUCAUUCACACAAAUCCUUCCUCGAACGAGAAAGCGAUUUAAUAACGCCGACGACAGAAAGCCGACGGCGUUUAAACAAAGAACGGCUGAAAUGUCGCCGCCAGCUCUCGCCCUGCUCCUCCUCCUCCCACUCGCGCUCGCCUCCACCGCCCUCUCCCACUUCCACUCCUCCUCCCCCUUCCCCACCGCCUCCCCCUCCCUCUACGACUGGACCUCCGCACGUGCCACCUACUACGCCGCCGCCGACCCCCGCGACAAGGUUGGGGGCGCGUGCGGGUACGGCGACCUCGAGAAGGCCGGGUAUGGGCUGGCGACGGUGGGGCUGAGCGAGGCGCUGUUCGAGCGGGGCCAGAUCUGCGGCGCGUGCUUCCAGGUCCGGUGCGUGGAGGACAUGCGGUGGUGCAUUCCUGGGACGUCGAUUAUCGUGACAGCGACCAACUUCUGCCCGCCGAAUUACGGGUUCACGGCGGAAGGCGGGGGCCACUGCAACGCGCCGAACAAGCAUUUGGUGCUUCCCAUCGAGGCGUUUGAGAAGAUCGCUAUUUGGAAGGCUGGCAAUAUGCCCGUCCAGUAUCGUAGGAUCAAGUGUAGAAAGGAAGGAGGAAUUCGUUUCACCAUAGAUGGUUCUAAUAUCUUUAUCUCAGUGCUCAUCAGCAAUGUGGCUGGUGCUGGAGACAUUGUUGCGGUGAAGAUCAAGGGUUCAAGAACCGGCUGGCUUCCAAUGGGGCGGAAUUGGGGCCAAAACUGGCAUGCAAGCGCCGAUUUACUGAACCAACCUCUUUCUUUCGAGGUCACAAGCAGCGAUGGGCGCACAGUUACAUCUUACAACGUUGCUCCCAAGGCUUGGAACUUUGGGCAGACUUUUGAAGGGAAGCAGUUUGAUUCUUAAAAGCACUGUUUCAAUGAAAUAUUGCAAGAGAGACCAGUUUUGUAUAUCUUCCCUUUUUUGUUGCUUGUUCUAUUUUUCUUUUGGUAAUGAAGUACAGUUAGAUUGCGGA